AUGGGUAAACCAGUAUCGAAAGAAUUACUAGAUGAACUAGACAGACGAACAGAGUGGGAACACCAAAUACAGAGGGUAGAGGCAGAGUUGGCAGCAACCCAAGGUAUUUCUCCUACAAUACAGGGACUGUGUCAGGCAGGGGUGUUAAGAACAUCUUACUCUCAAUGGAACACACCCAUACUCCCGGUAAAGAAGCCUAGUGGUUCUUACCGAAUGGCUCAUGAUCUAAGAGCCAUAAAUGAAGUUGUAUCCACACCAGUUACACCAGUACCCAACCCCCACUCUGCUCUCUCCAUGUUGACUCCGGCUCACACUUUUUUCACGUGCAUAGAUUUGGCUAAUGCUUUUUUCUGCCUCCCUCUAGCGGAACACUUACAGGAUAUUUUUUCUUUUACCUAUGAGGGACAAAGAUUGACCUAUAAUGUCUUACCACAAGGUUUUAUCCUCUCACCCUCUAUUUUUAAUGAAACAUUGAGACAACACCUAAAAGGGUUGGAACUCCCGGAAGGAUGUUUUAUUGUACAGUAUGUUGAUGACUUGUUGGUGGCAGCACCCUCGGCCGAGGUAUGUCUGUCCUUGACGCAUGCGUUAUUGUUGAGACUACAUAGUUGUGGCUAUAAGGUCUCUAAAGAAAAACUCCAGUGUUGCAGAGCGCAGGUAUCAUUCCUGGGAAGAGUGAUUACAGCCAAAGGCACUGCUAUGUCACCUGCACACAGAGAGUCGAUUUUGCAUCAUCCAAAACCACAAACAGUGAAGGAAAUGUUGUCAUUUUUAGGACUAACUGGCUAUUCCAGACAAUAUAUUCCUAAUUACGCGGGGGACACACAGUUGUUGCGACAAAUGGUCACUAUGGCGGGAAUGAGAAACCUUACUGCUGAGUUAGAAUGGUCACAAGAAGGGGAGGAGGGGUUCAUACGGCUUAAACAGGAAAUGGCGGCGGCAGCAGCUUUGGCUCUUCCGGAUUAUACGCAGCCUUUCCAUUUAGACGUAUCCGAGCAACUGUCAACUGCUCACGGUGUACUAUAUCAGAAACAAAGAGGAGAAAGAAAGGUGCUAUACUAUUGUAGUAUCCUUUUGGAUACUCCAGAACAAAGAGCAAGUCCCUGUGUCAGAUAUGCAGCAGCCCUAGCUAAAAUAGUAGAGAAAGUCGGACACAUUGUCAUGCAUCAUCCAUUGCACAUUCUCACGUCACAUAGUACUGUGGCUUACGUCACCUCUUCGUGUUUUACUCUCACACCACUAAGACAGACCAAGAUCUUACAGAUCCUUUCCAAACCAAAUGUGUCAUUCGUACAUGAAGGUUGCAACAUGGCAGAUGGUAUGGGAGAAGGAAUAGCGGAGAAGCAUUCCUGUAUGGAGAAAUCAGAACCAUUUGUAAAACUAAGACCAGGGCUGGAAGCCCUCCCACUGCCAGAACCACAGCUCGACCUUUACACAGACGGUUGUUGCUUUAGGCAUCCUACUGAGGGACUAAAAGCAGGAUAUGCUGUUAUCUCACUUGUCAAUCCCGGUAAUCAACCAGUUACUCUAUGUGCGUCCCCAUUGGAGGGUAAACAAUCUGCACAGGCGGCUGAGCUAACUGCUGUGGUGUGUGCGCUUCGUAUUGCCGAGGGUAAAACUGUGAAUAUCUUUACUGAUUCUGCCUAUGUUUGUAAUGCUAUACACAGGGACAUGUCUGGCUGGGUUCAGGCAGGGUUCAAAACGAGUGGGAAUAAAUCCAUGGCUCAUGAAGGCCUCAUGAGGGAUUUAUUGGCUGCCGUCCACCUUCCGGAGAAGGUGGCUGUGAUUAAGGUUAAAGGGCACUCAGAAGGGAGUGACCCGGAAAGCAUUGGGAAUAAUGCCGCCGAUGAAGCAGCUAAGGGAGCUGCAGGCUAUGUUGUUAAUAGUAUGAUGAUGUUACAGUUUAAUUCGUUUGAUGAACUGGGUACCUUUUUAGAUGAUGUGAAAAAGGCUCAGGAGGACGCUCCUGGGCAUGAAAGAAAAGCCUGGGAAGAUGCAGGUGCCACUAACUGUGUGUCAGAACUUUGGACAAAGGAUGGUAAAACAGUUAUGCCAAACAGUUGGAUUCCAACUAUGUUGAAACAAACCCAUGGGCUAUGCCAUGCUGGUGUGGCCAUUAUGAUGUUUGCCCUUGAUGCGUGGUGGUUCCCGCAGAAAAGGAAGACUGUUGUGGACUAUGUCCAAAGGUGUGAAAUAUGUCAAGCGUGUAACAUCAGACCUACAGACAAACCACCGGUGGGCAAAUACCCUAAACCCCAGGGACCUGGGGAACAGAUGGUCAUGGAUUUCACGGAUAUGGGUGUCCGGGUGGGAGGGAAACGAUUUUUGUUAGUCAUAGUGGAUGCCUUCUCCAGGUGGAUAGAAGCCUAUCCGACUGGAAAAGAGGAUGCAAAAGCGGUCAUAAAAUGUCUGGUGAAUGACUACAUUCCUAAACACGGUUUCCCAAAACUCAUUCGGACUGAUAAUGGCUCUCAUUUUAAAAACAAACAUUUGGGAGAAGUAGAGACUGUUUUGGGUCUGGAACACAAAUAUGGCUCGGUGUACCACCCGGAAUCGCAGGGAAAGGUCGAGAGGGCUAAUAGAACCAUUAAAGGGAAGUUGUUAAAAGUCUGUAAGACCACAGGAAUGUCCUGGCCUGAUGCACUCCCUGUUGUUCUAUUAUCAAUUCGCUCUUCCGUUAACUCGUCAACAGGGCUGACUCCGUUUGAGCUUACCUGUGGCAGACCCUUUCCCGGUCCUUUGCAUCCUUUCUGUGUGCUUCCCGCUGUUGGGUACCGCCCCUAUUAUCAGUCGGUUAAUGCUAUUGUUUCAGCUUUCUCCUGUCCAGGUGCUCCUUAUCCUGCUCCACCUCAGAGGUCAGAACUCAAGGCGGGUCCCCCUGAACACCUCUGGUUGAAGGUGUUAAAGAGGAAGUGGUCGGAACCACGUUGGACGGGACCACAUCAGGUGACAGCAAGGACCUCCACAGCGGUUCAACUGAAAGGGAAAGGCUGCGUCUGGUGGCACUUGACACAGUGCUGUUCCACCAACGGUCCACCACCAGGAGGCGAUCUCAUCUCCGGCGGCAUCGAUACAGGGGAGCCAACACCGCCGGAAAUCGCUCUGCAGGGACACCAGUCAUCGGAACAGCACCUGGGGUAGAUGCAAGCUUCACUGCAGGGACACCAGUCAUCGGAACAGCACCUGGGGUAGAUGCAAGCUUCACUGCAGGGACACCAGUCAUCGGAACAGCACCUGGGGUAGAUGCAAGCUUCUCUGCAGGGACACCAGAGAAGACCAACUGACAGACACGUGAGAUAACAACAUCACGGUCAAAAACAUUGAGUAACUGGUUGACUUUUUGCAUUUCCAGUAAAAUAAAAUUGCAUGUAAAUGAGUUGAAAGAGAUACAACAGGGUAAGAAGGUUUCAAGGUCUUGCUGAUUUUACAGUUAAAAUACGGCUUACAAGAAUGAAUAGGUAACUCUUCAGGUGGACAUAUAUUCCAUUAUU